AUGAAAAAGCCCGCAGCGGCAGACGUUGUCUAUCACAAGACGUUCCCACGACCUAAACAGAACGACCCCAAUUGCUUUGUUGCACAUAUCCAGCGCCACCUCGUACCUGAAGUAAGAGAAGAAGUACAACGAUACUUUGGCCGGAUCGACUGCUUGGAGGCACAAUACCCCGGUCUGGAUUACACAUUUCCACCUCACAGAAGGCGGCUUGCCAGUUUCCCAUGGCAUCGGCGCCUAUUCAGGGUCUUUGAUGAGCUCCGCCUGACGAACGGCGAGAUUCUUAGCCUCUGUACCUGGGAAGGCACACGGGCUGCAAAGGAGCGCUUUGAGCGAGAGUCUGCAACCAAAAUAGAAACCACCACGUUGACAGGUGUUGCGUCAGUAAGCCAAAACAGUGGCCCCAUUGUUGUCCUGCACACCGAGCGAUCCUCAAGCGAAGAAGCCCCCCAACCGGCCCAAGUGGACACCGAUUUAUCCGAUGAGGACGAAACUGAUGACAGCAUCGGUGUGCAUCUGAACCAAAACUUGCUGGCGGCGGCAGAGGCUCGGGAGAGAGGCGAAGCCGCCAGAUUUGACUUGCAGUGGGAGGAAUGGAUGAAGCAGGCAAUCGAACGAAACGAGAUCACCGAUCCCGAGGCUAUUCUAGAAGCUCUGCGGCAGGGCAGGCCAUUUCCGCCAUCAUCAGCAGAGGAUCAGGCAAGUCAGUCUAAUGCGCCCGCCCCUGUCUCAGCAUCCUUAGUCCCAAUCGGUGAGGAUGCGAUGGCGUCAGCGACCUCCGGUCCGCAGUAUCAUCGAUUGCAAGACGCAGUUGAUGGGGUGGAGAUCAGUUCUGCUCGGAUAGCUGCGGACACAAACAAUCUAGUCAAUGGCGAAUCCGGACCAACUUCAGGGCGCCCUCGACAACGCCUGACGGAGCUGAUGGACGAGUUACAUGCCAACACAACUCGGAUGCAAGCAGAGAAUAGCGCCAUGCAGAACUUCUUGUCCAGGACUAGGACUGAGACGGCGAGGUGA